AUGCUCUACGCUGUAGUUUCUGCCACGCUCUCUGAUAAUAUCAGUCAAUUUUCGGUUCACGAUACCGAUUCAGAAGUUGCAGAUUAUGCGCUGGAAAUAGUAUGCACGAACUGUCGAGAGAAACAUGAUUCUUUGGUAGUGAUGAAUCGCCUGGAAAAGUACGAUAUGAACCAUGGGAAAGGCGAGGCGUCUUUGGUUAUGAAGUGCAAAUUCUGUGGCAAUCAAUGCACCGUGAACUUGGAAAAAAUGGAGGAAAAGCUGUACAAUCUGGACGUGGACGGAAACGGCGAGGCAGUUGAGAAAGUCAAGCUUCAAAGAAAGAAACAGGGCAUAAAAAAAGUGGACUCUUCCAAAGCGAUAGUUCUAGCUUUGGAUUGCCGGGGCUGCGAAGUCACCGGGCUUGAUUUUUCAAAUUUGAGCUUUGACGUCCAAUUGACGUCGGGAAACACGAUGCAAGCAACGUUUGAGGACGAGAAUGAAUGGUACGAUUAUGACGACAAUUCUGCGGAGGAGGUUUCGAUAGUAGACCUUCAAUUUGAGCUGGUGAACGGUAAGUGA